AUGAAACUCAUUGUUGCUUUACAGCCGGCCGCAGUCACGGCCCUAUCAAUCGGCAGUUUUUGGUCCAGUCUCGAAGCCAGAGAAAUAGAUGGGCCAAGCAUCAGCCAGACGUUUGAGAGCCUUGCAGGUCUUGGCCUUGUCAACGGCACUGGAUGUGUGAUUGACGACGACGGAGCCCCUAAGAGUGCUCGUACUGACACAGAGAGGAGCUGCACCAAUCUACAGCAACAGGUUGAUACAGGCCUCGAACAAUGCAUCAAACGAGCAAAGGCCGCCGAGAAGGCCGCCAAAGACGGGUCAGCACUUUUCGAGCAAUACUUCAAGACACAAAAAUCCGAAACCCGCGACAAAGUGGCGAAAUUCUUUGCCACGAUUGCUGAUGGCUGCAACAAGAAUGGAAAGCAGCCAGUCUCUGUUGAGUGCACCCCGAGUGCGCGAUGCACUCUUCCGCAGACCGGCAACAUGGAGCUGGCGGCAAUAGCAACAAACCAACCAGGCGGUGGGAGCUCAAUUCAGCUUUGCCGUAGUGCCUUUACCAUGCAUGGAGAUAGGAAUGGUAACCAGCGCCGUCAGGACCGGGGCCAGUGCGAAGAGAACCUGUCCAAGCUGGGUGAUUUGUUUGUGCACGAGAUGUCUCAUGCAACAGUGUCGACGGGAGAUCCUCCUAUCAAUGGAAACAAGCCUCCUAUCAAUGAAAUCAACCCUCCUAUCAAUGGAACCAACCCUCCCAUCAACGGUGGAAAUGAUAUGCCGCCUAACGAUCAGGAUGAGUGUGAUGCCAACGAUGAAGAUUAUCCUCCUAUCAGCGGUGGAAUUGAAAGGCCGAACGAUCAGGAUGAGUGUGAUGCCGACGAUGAUGAGGACUAUCUCGACAAUCAGGGCGGCGAUGAUGCCGACGAUGAGUUUGACAAUGAUGAGGACUAUCUCGACAAUCAGGACGGCGGUGAUGGUAUCGAACAAAUUGGCGGUAACGGCAUCGAAAAAUUUGGCGGUGAUGGCAUCGAUCAAUCUGGCGGUGAUGGCAUCGAUCAAAUUGUUGGUAGUGAUGAGGAGUAUCUCAACAAUCAGGGCGGCGAUGAUGAGGAGUUUGUUGGUGAUGAGGAGUUUGUUGGUGAUGAGGAGUUUGUUGGUGAUGAGGAGUUUGUUGGUGAUGAGGAGUCUGUUGGUGAUGAGGAGUUUGUUGGUGAUGAGGAUUAUCGCUAG